CUUAGGUCUGACAUCUCACUCACACACUCUCUCUCACUAAUUCACUCUCAUCGAUCGAGUAGAGAUACUUCUUACUCGAUCACCUGUUCAUUUUCCUCUUCAGCUCGCAAAUUUACAGGAAAAUGAGAGAAAUCCUUCAUGUUCAGGGAGGCCAAUGCGGGAACCAGAUUGGUUCCAAGUUUUGGGAGGUUGUUUGCGAAGAACACGGCAUAGAUCCAACUGGACGAUAUGCUGGUACUUCCGAUUUGCAACUGGAGCGUGUCAAUGUGUACUACAAUGAGGCAUCAUGCGGCAGGUUUGUUCCUAGAGCUGUGCUUAUGGAUCUCGAGCCAGGAACCAUGGACAGUGUCCGCACUGGACCAUAUGGUCAGAUCUUCAGGCCGGAUAACUUUGUUUUCGGCCAGUCUGGUGCUGGGAACAAUUGGGCGAAAGGCCAUUACACAGAGGGAGCUGAGCUGAUCGACUCCGUUCUAGACGUAGUAAGAAAGGAGGCUGAGAAUUGUGACUGCCUUCAAGGUUUCCAGGUGUGCCACUCACUUGGUGGAGGAACUGGUUCCGGUAUGGGCACCCUGCUGAUCUCUAAGAUCAGGGAAGAAUACCCUGAUAGGAUGAUGUUGACAUUUUCGGUGUUCCCUUCCCCCAAGGUCUCGGACACAGUGGUUGAGCCUUACAAUGCCACCCUCUCAGUGCACCAACUUGUUGAGAAUGCUGAUGAAUGCAUGGUCCUCGACAAUGAAGCUUUAUAUGAUAUUUGCUUUAGGACCCUCAAACUCACCACUCCUAGCUUUGGUGAUCUGAACCACUUGAUUUCUGCAACAAUGAGUGGAGUUACUUGCUGCCUUCGAUUCCCUGGUCAACUCAACUCUGAUCUGCGGAAGCUUGCUGUUAACCUCAUUCCAUUCCCCCGUCUGCACUUUUUCAUGGUGGGGUUCGCUCCUCUGACAUCUCGUGGUUCUCAGCAAUACCGUGCUCUGACUGUUCCAGAGCUUACCCAACAAAUGUGGGAUUCCAAGAACAUGAUGUGUGCUGCUGACCCACGCCAUGGGCGUUACCUCACUGCCUCAGCCAUGUUCCGGGGAAAAAUGAGCACCAAGGAAGUCGAUGAGCAGAUGAUCAACGUCCAGAACAAGAACUCUUCCUACUUUGUGGAGUGGAUCCCCAACAACGUGAAAUCCAGUGUCUGUGACAUCCCGCCAAGGGGUCUCUCAAUGGCAUCAACCUUCAUUGGGAACUCAACCUCCAUUCAAGAGAUGUUCAGAAGAGUGAGCGAGCAGUUCACAGCCAUGUUCAGGAGGAAGGCUUUCUUGCAUUGGUACACUGGUGAAGGAAUGGAUGAGAUGGAGUUCACCGAGGCUGAGAGCAACAUGAACGACCUUGUCUCCGAGUACCAGCAGUACCAGGAUGCUACAGCGGACGAUGAAGAUGAGUACGAUCAGGACGAAGAGGCCGAGGAGGAUGACAUGUGAAGAAGAAAAUAGAGCCGCCCACUCGACUGUCCCCUACCUUGUUUGCUUCGUUACAUGUGUUUGGAAAUACUUAAUAUGCCGUUAUUUCUGCCGUGAGUGCCUGAAAACUAUCUGUUUUUCUUCGCCCCAAUGGUUAGUAUUGGCUACAUGAAAAAGUGUGGGGAGAGUUUGUGGAGUUAAUAUGAGUGUAUUGUGGAGUUAAUAUCAGUGUGUUGUAUGUUUGA